AUGCCAUUCAAUCCCAACAAAUACAACGACGAAGUUCAGAAGGUGUCCAAAGACACCCCGGUGGAGGAAAUCAUCUAUCUACUCAAACGAGACGGAGGUGUAUUCAUCAAGGGCCUCAUCUCAGAAGAAGAUGUCGACCAAGCCUCCCAAGAAGCCAAACCUCGUUUAGAUGCAGACGUAGAAUGGAAUGGUUCUUUCUUCCCGGCACAAACCCAACGCGCCCCAUCUCUUAUCGCUCAUAGCCCGACCUAUACCAGGACUCAAGUUAUGAAUCCUCUCUUUCACCAGGUAUGCGACCAUUUCCUGACCUCCAGGCGAUGGUACUGGUGGGGAAACGAGAAGAAGAUGUCUGUCUCUAAGCCGUACGUGCACUCUUGCACGGCCAUGAGAAUUGGCCCCGGAGCCAAGGCGCAGCCCUUGCAUCGGGAUGAUUACAUUAACCAUCGCUAUCACGCUGAGAUCGGGCAAUGGGAUGAUGUGCGAGACGUGGAGCGCGAGUCUGCUGUCGGCCUCUUCGUAGCUGGGUGCCGCGUCACGCGGGAGAAUGGAGGGACGCAGUUUAUUCCUCGGAGCCAUCUUUGGGGCACAGAUCGCACUACGCCUCCAAAGGUUGAGCAAUGUAUCUUCGCCGAUAUGGAAAAAGGCGAUGGCUUCAUUAUGCUAGCAUCGGCAUACCAUGGAGGGGGUUCGAACAUCACCGAAGAUGAGUACCGGCUGAUGUUUGCCACGUUCGUCGUUCGCGGAUACCUGCGCCAGGAAGAGAACCAGUUUCUGGCCGUGCCGGCAGAUGUCGCGCGAACGUAUGACCGGGAAACUUUGGAGUUCAUGGGCUAUGCCAUGAGUGAGCCGGCCUGUGGGUACGUGGAACAGAUGGAUCCUAUCUAUCAUCUUUGUCCGGAGCUGAAGGAGAACGAGAGGCCGAGGGACUUUUAG